AUGCUAGAGAAUCUUAUGAAGGAUGCAGGAGUUAGAACCUCUGAACUCAAGAUUGGUCUAGAACAAAAAUUACACAAUGUCUUCUACGCGCCUAAUAGCUGCAAAUGA